AAAUCAAUUAUUUUUGUUGUGAUUAUUGUUAUUAUUGUUUGACAUUUAAAUCAAAUGUUAAUUCAAUUGAUUGUUAAGUAAUGAUAUGUGUCUUAAGAGUGGAUCAGUUGUCACUUGUUGUCUACAAAACCAAACGCUCGACCAAUGAUUGGAUUUGAGUUUCGUUUCGUUAAUCAAAAAACUAUCGAUUGAUUGCUUUGUCUUUAAAUGUCAUCAAAGAGUGGUUCCCACGACUCGAAGGAGGAGAAGGUUUCGGUUCUCUUCGACUUCGAGUACUCGACAGACGAGGGAUGUGUUGUCCGUAUGAAGAAAGGGGAACAGUUGGUGGUGAUGGCGAAGACUAACCCCGAUUGGUGGCAAUGCCGCAGAUGUCACACCACUUCCACCACCGCUGAUGACAAACUUCGCGGUCAACUCUUUUACGCUCCCGUCUGUUAUCUCAAGAAAUCUGAUUCGUGUCCGCAAUAUGUCAUCAACAAUAAGACUGAUAUGAACUCAAACAUUAAGCCCACAAACGGUGACCACAAGAAGAACGUGUCGACCAUUAAAGUAGGUCUCAGUUUCAUUAAUCCGAUGAACAGCGGCUUCAGUACUGAUGAUAACAGCGAAGACGACCACCGAUUGGACGAAUCAAAUGGUUUCGAUUCGAGCAAAGAGUCGCUUAUCGAAGACAAUCAAUGCUGUGAUACUAAUAGCACUGAAAUAGUGGUCAAUAAGACAAUUAUUAGCAAUAGAAGUGCCUCUCCUUCUGAUGGUGUGAUUUACGCAAACUUACCGUUGAGUGCGAAGAGCGGUUCCGACCAAUCAGUGCCACCGAUCCCGGACUCGAAGGUCUCUCCGAUCCGAAUAUUACUGAAUCAUUGGGCAGAAUAUGAAGACUCGAGCGGAAGAAAGUUUUACUACAACUCAAUGUCUCGUCAGACUUCUUGGAAACCUCCGCGACGUAAACCAUAUCAACACUUCUCACGCGAUGACGAUAUGAUGACAAGUCAUUCCGAAGAGAAUCUGACGGAUUCGUCGACCACAUCCCUGUCCACGACUCCCAACACGAGUGUUGUCUCCGAUUCGUCUUCAUUACCGAAACCAAAGUCUAGGAUUUGGAGAAAAUUCAUUAAAAAUGAUAAUAAGUAUGAUUUGACGGCAAACUAUAGUACAACUCAUGUGAAUAACGAUGAAUCCAAAAGUGUCGACUCGUGUCCGCCAACGCUUCCAACACUACCCAAAGGCUGGACUCGAAAACACAACGAAGAGACGAAAGAACUCUAUUUUAUUAAUAAUAAAACCAAUGAAAAGUAUAACACCAAUGCAAUGGAGUCUCACAUCCAGAAAGACUCCUUACGGGACAGUCUGACCGAUAGUCCGGUGUCUCCGCUGUUCUGCGAAUCGGGAGAACUCUUUACGUGGGAAGAGAUUGAAAAGUGGUUUUGCAAACUCGACGAAAACGGAAGGUUGUAUUUUUUCGAAGAGAAUGGACACGAGUCCUAUUGGGAACUCCCAGAUCUCAACACCAACGAUGACAUCGAUGAGAAUCAGAAGACAGAGAUGUCGACAUCGGAGGCAUCGAAUAAUGGUAUGUCCGGCCAAACAAGUGAUCAGAAAUCUCCUGAAAAUCAGACUAAAAGCAAGAAAAUGACUAAAUUAUCGACAUCUCAACGAUCUCUUCUCGAGCGUAACAUAAAGGCGCGAUCCAUGGCUUUCCUACCGGUCAACAGCUCACUCGCCUCCCGACCUAAUAUCCCUGCCAUUUUACUACAAGAAGAGCCGGACAUCGGAGCCGAACCGGCGCUAUCUGAUUAUCAGCCGCCGCCCACUUGUUUGGACGAAUCAGUGACUUUAAAACAAGGAGUUAUGAAUCGAUCAAAACUAAUUGAAGGCGGAAAGCGAUUGCGAAAGAAUUGGUCCAAUUGUUACUUAGCUGUCACUCAUUACUAUUUAUUAUUUUUUAAAGACAUGAAAUCCGCGCAAUCGGGAGCGAAACCAGAGAUAACAAUAGACCUGACCGGAGCCAUGAUCUCCUGGUCUCCCGAAAAGUCAAGUCGAAAGAACUGUUUUCAAGUGAGUACUGUUGCCGGACAACAGGUCCUCCUUCAGGAAGAAUGCGCCCUCACAUGCAAAGAGUGGUUCGAUCUGAUUAAGAAUGCCAUUCAAAGACUGCCAAUGGUUUCGAUUUGUGAUGAAUUGGAUAUUUCUCUUGACAAACACGGAUCGAAACUCAAACGAUCGAAGUCUACAAAACAAUAUCGAAAGCGUGAAGAUAUAGCCGAAAGUGAAUUAUCGACGAGUUUUCCAUUGGCUGUCCAGAAAUUGCGAUUUCAAAUCAAUAACGACGACUUCAAUGGCAUUUGGGCUGAGGAUGACGUCCACGUCUUGACUGGACUUUUGAAAAUGUUUUUCCGUGAUAUGAAAGAACCACUUUUUCCAUGCGAUCGAUUUGAUGCACUCAUGAAAAUAAUCGUGCUUUCCGACAGAAAAGUACAGUUAGAGUCGUUAACAAAAUUAGUGAACGCUUUGCCGAAACCUAAUUACGAGACUCUGAAACAUAUUUUGUCGCAUUUACUCAGACACUUAGAUGUGAUUUGUGUUCACAAUAGGGUGAAAGACUACAGCGACCAAAAUCGGAUGCAUAUCCAGAACCUGGCGAUAGUGUUUGGGCCGACACUAAUGUGGCCCGAAAACGACUCAAACAACUUUGCAUUGGAUAUGAUGUUACGGAUGCAUCAAAACCAAAUCAUUGAGUUUCUUCUCCUCGAGUUUGAUAACAUAAAUCAAAGAGAAUCACCGAUAGCAGUGGAUGACUGGGAUUGGAUGGACUGCAACACAAUAUCACACAAUUAG